ACCGGGACCCGAACUGCAGCUGCAGUAAGUUCCACCGCAGCUAGAGCUCCGGGUGGUCAACUAGACGUGCAGCUCGGCAGUUCCGUGGAUUUCAGCCGCGGCGUUCCCCUCGCCGGGUGUCUCGUCGCAGCCUCCGGAGAGGAGACCGAUCCUCACUUCUCAGAAAAAUGUCCGAUCCAGCUCAGCCGCCCACGGAAGGGGCAGAAGGGACUGCCCCAGGUGGGGGUCCCCCUGGCCCUCCUCCUAAUACGACCAGCAACAGACGACUACAGCAAACCCAGGCACAAGUAGAGGAGGUGGUGGACAUCAUGCGUGUAAAUGUGGACAAGGUCCUGAAGAGGGACGAGAUACUGUCAGAGCUAGAUGACCGCGCUGAUGCCUUGCAGAUGGGAGCGUCACAGUUUGAGAGCAGCGCUGCCAAGCUGAAGAGGAAGUAUUGGUGGAAAAACUGCAAGAUGAUGAUCAUGCUGGGGGUUAUCUGUGCCAUCAUCGUGGUAGUUAUUGCAAGACCGCUGUCCUCAGAGGAUUGGCUUUUUAUCUCCAUGGCUGCUUCCUCGUGACAGUGAGAUGGCUGCGACAGCUCAGGCUUCAUGUCCUCAAACAAACAUCCCCCGAACAAGAAAGAAAGGACAAGGAAAACCAAAAACUUUUCCCUAAUGAUGCUUUUUGUCCUAAGAAUGAGACGUUUCUGUACUGUCAUUGGCCUGAAAUGGAUCCUAGGCCCCAUCCUAAACCAAUUCCUGGCAAAGGGAAAUGGUUUUUUACUGGCUUCUAGAGGAAGGGCCGCUCCUCCUGACAUCAUGGAAUGUCUGUAUUGGUACAGAAAAGGGGUUCUGUUGCUAGGGAAGGUGUGGAAGUCUGCUGGGUAGGUUGCAGAAAGACUCCAUCACAGCUGCCAAUGUGAACCACUCCAUCUUCUGAAAAAGAAAUUCUUAGUUACCAGGCCUGUCUACCCCGACAUAUCCCACUGCUGCCACUUGACACAGUUAAAUCCAUCUCUCUCCUGGGCUGCUGGCGUGGCAUCCUCCCUGGCCUUCCCGUACCCAUGUUCACAUCGCUGGAUUCAGUAUUGGCUUUUUGCUCUCUGUGAUAUCAGAGUGGGGUUCUCAAAAUUAAUAUAUGAGAAGCUACCUGGAUUCAGGCUUAAUUGUCCCAUUAUUAACUACUAUUGUAUCGGGUCCCAUCUUUCUAAGGCAACUGUCAAGAGGCUGUCUUCAUUGAUUUUCUAUCAGCUUUCAUUCUAGACAGGAGCUCCUCAAUCUAACGCGUGCUCCUGGAGUCUGUAUGAAUUCGACCCUGGUAAGACAAGCAUGGGCAGCGUUAUGGGCUGAGUCGUGUCUCCCACAAUUCAGAUGUUAAAGUCCUAACCUUCAGUGCCUCAGAAUGUGACUGUAUUUGGACGUAGGGUUUUUAAAGAGAAAAUUAAAUUUAAGUGAGGUCAUUAGUGUGGGCCCUAAUCCAGUAUGACUGGUUUCCCUAUAAGAAGAGGAGGUUAGGACACAGGCACAAACAGAGGAGGACCUUGUGAAGAUACACAGAGAAAACGCCAUCAGCAAGCCAAGGAGAGAAGCCUCAGAAGAAACCAACUCUGCCGACACCUUGAUCUUGGACUUGUAGCCUCCAGAACUGUGAGAAAAUAAUUUUUUUGUUGUUUAAGCCUCCCAAACUGUGGUACUUUGUUAGAGCAAUCCUAGCAGAUUAAUACAAGAAGGUAUAAAUCUUACAUUUGAAUGGUGUUACGUAGAACUCUGUCUUCGCACCACUUUCUAAAAGUGUUUUUCCUUUUAUAUUGUUGACAGUGUAGAAGAGUUGUUUUUUAUCUGAACACAUGGGAACAAUGAUUAAGGAUUCAUGUUGUCUGGCUGUAGCGUACUGCAAAGCAGGAGGGUUUAACUAUCUAAACAUACAGCUCACCAUUGUUGACUUCUCAACCAAGGAAGAUGGUUGGAAUACUUUCAUGAGGUCAACCUUAAAUAACCCAUCCCCUCGCUUGGAUCAGGCGACUCCUGGAGUAUGUGUUUUAGAGCCACCCAAUCUUGAUGAGCCCCAGCCACAGAGUUCUUAACAUGAGACCCAGAUGGUGGCCUUUUAAGGAAGGAGCCGUCAGCCAGCAGCCGCUCCCUUUACAAUCCUUCAAGCUCAGAUCGUCUCUACCGGGCAGCACGGUAAAUCAAUUCUGGGGGCCCAAACAUUUACUAAGAGAGCUUGAGAAGAUUUCAACUUCUUUCAGGCAAAAAAUACAAUAAGGCGAAAAGAAAUAAACAAAAUAAAAGUCGUGAGUGCUCCUUCUGGGUGACAGGAGGUCAGCCUUGAUCUCGACACCAACAGAAUGUGAACUUGGCCUCUCACAUUUUAUGCCUCAAGUCAUAUUUUCCCCCUCAGUCAACCCCGCAGAACAUGUUUGCACCCUGCAAUGUGACUGUGAGGGCUCAUGCCUGUGGAACAUGCAGGGGGUCUGGCUCCCUGAGAAAACCAGCCCAUUUUACCCCUGCAAAGAAAUUCUGGAAGAAUGUGGUACGUGGAGUUUUUACUCGAGGCUCCUAGAACCAGGCUAACUGGGUGCAAAUCCCAGCUUUGCCAUUUGCAGUUGAAUUGGGCAAGUGACGUACCCUCUCUGUGCCUCGGUUUCCUCAGGCGUUAAACGGGAAUCGUAGUAGUAGUAUCUAGCUCAUAGGGAUGUUGUGAAGAUUACAUAAAUUAUUAUUGCAAAGCAUUUCAACACGGCCUGGCGUGUUGUCAGUGAUCGCUGGCUUA